GCGGCGCUGGCCACCCGCCUCCGAAGCUGGGACUGUUCGUGCGGCCGGCCGGAGGCGGGGCGGCCCGGCACCACCUCCGACUACCUGGGAAGGCCUGGGCUGGCGGGCUAGCGAGGCCCCGGGCCCGCCGCUUCCCGUCCCCACACCCCCUGCCGAGGAGCCUCCCUCCGCGCCCCAACAUGGCGGGCGGGCACUGGGGUCCGCUGCUGACGGCGCUCCUGGCCGCCCGAGUCGCGGCGGCGGCGGAGGGCGGCCCCGAGCAGGCCGCGCUACCGGAGGAGCGGAGCUGGGUGCGGCCCAUGACCGCCUCCAACUGGACGCUGGUGAUGGAGGGCGAGUGGAUGCUGAAAUUUUACGCUCCUUGGUGUCCAUCCUGCCAGCAGACUGACUCAGAAUGGGAGACAUUUGCAAAGAAUGGUGAAAUACUUCAGAUCAGUGUGGGAAAGGUGGAUGUCAUUCAAGAACCAGGAUUGAGUGGCCGCUUCUUUGUCACUACUCUCCCAGCAUUUUUUCAUGCAAAGGAUGGGAUAUUCCGCCGUUACCGUGGCCCAGGAGUCUAUGAAGACCUGCAGAAUUAUAUCUUGGAGAAAAAAUGGCAAUCAGUGGAGCCUCUGACUGGCUGGAAAUCCCCAGCUUCUCUGACGAUGUCUGGAAUGGCUGGUCUUUUUAGCAUCUCUGGCAAGAUAUGGCAUCUUCACAACUAUUUCACAGUGACCCUUGGAAUUCCUGCUUGGUGUUCUUAUGUCUUUUUCGUCAUGGCCACCUUGAUUUUUGGCCUUUUCAUGGGUCUGGUCCUGGUGGUAAUAUCAGAAUGUUUCUAUAUACCACUUCCAAGGCAUUUAUCUGAACGUACUGAGCAGACUCGGAGGUCAGAGGAGGCCCACAAAGCUGAACAGCCGCAGGAUGCAGAGGAGGAAAAAGACGAUUCAAAUGAAGAAGAAAACAAGGACAGCCUUGUAGAUGAGGAAGAGGAGAAGGAAGACCUUGGCGAUGAGGAUGAAGCAGAGGAGGAUGAGGAGGAGGACAGCCCGGCUGCUCGUGUGGACGAGGAGAGGAGUGACGCCCAGGACCAAGGGCCCCUGAGAGAGGUCCAGGAGCAGGGAGGAGCCGAGCCUGGAGAAGACGUGCCUGCGCAGCCCAGCCCAGCGCCCUCAGAGGCGGCAGAAGACACACUGAGGCAGCGCAGAAGUCAGCACGCCGAUAAGGGCCCACAGGUCUAAUGACAGUAUUUCCGAGAAUUCAGGCCAAAGGAGUAGUCAGCUUCCUUCUGGUCUGCAGUGUAAAUCAAAUCCUCAUUUUUUUCUGAAUGAGCAAGCUUUUCUUAAAAAACGA